UUGUUAACAAACCUCUCCAAAUGAGCACCACCAUCAUCGUCAUCAUUCAGCGUGAAUUCGAUCGCCAUUGAACAUUUUCAGAUCGGCUCGUAAUGUCCUGAUCCGAACGAACGGCAGCAACGGCGAAGAUGAACUGUACAGCACUCAACAGCAAUCAAAUCGAAACGACACCUAACAACCAUCCCCGGCUGGCGGUACCAACAGCUGCGACCAGAGCUUCCGUUGGAGUACCGGUACCAAAUGCAUCCAGCAGUUCCGGGAUUUUCUUCCACCACACCAACAACCUCCUGGACGUGCCUCGACCGAACAACUCCGAGGAGGAAAACUCUCCUACCGAACUUAACAACUGCCGGCGGAUAACGGAGAAACCUCCCUUGGUCAAACGCCUAACCAUGGGCAUCCUCCGGACAGCCGAAGACAGUAGACCCCUGGUGCACAGCUCGUCCCCCUCGAGCUCAUCCAGCUCGUCGCAAACGAUCUCCGAUGGAUACGUCAACGAAGGCAUCUGCAGCGAAGCAGUAGAGGCGAACGUAGUAUUCAACAAAUUCGGCGAUUCCUGCCAAAGGACGCUGGUGACGCAAGCUACCGUGGAAGGAUCACCCCGCUACAACCACAGCAUAGCCCUGUAUCCACAGGCCGGCUCGACCGGAGCCUCCAUCCCACUGCGGAACGAUUGCCUUAGCUUGAAGGAACAACACGAACUGAAGGGAGCGCCCUGGUUCCAGGCCGGGAUUCCAAGGGAAAUUUCCCUGGAGGUCCUCUCCCGACAGAAUCCGGGAGCGUUUUUGGUGCGCCAGAGCACCACCAAACCAGGCUGUUUUGCUCUGUCCCUCAGAGUACCACCACCAGCACCAAAAGUAGCGCAUUAUCUAAUUUUAAGGACGAUACGAGGUUAUAAGAUUAAGGGCUUCACCAAGGAAUUCAGCUCGCUGCGGGCGCUGAUAACGCACCACUCUGUGAUGCCAGAGUUGCUACCGGUUCCGCUGGCCCUGCCUCGACCCCCACAGGCCGGUCCACGACAAGAGGAUCCCGAAAUGUACGGUUCAUUGAACGAGUUUCAGAAAAUUAUGGCAGAAUAAUGUUUAUCGAAAGUUGAUUGUGAAAGACUUGACUAGUCAUUUAACCACUUAGGACUAGAAGAAGCGGGACGAUAGGAAAUAUAAAUAUAUGCGUUUGCAAAACUAUUAUAACAAAACUGUGAAAACAUACAACGGUGACACAUUUGGCUUUAAUUCGAGAGAAAAAAAUAUGUAAAACACCAAGUUCAAAUUGUUUAAACUGUAAGACGUGUGGUUGUAUAUUCCAAUUGUUGAAACACAUUAGAUGUAUGUAGUGAAAAUUUAAAAACCAUUAACCUAGUUGUGAAGUUUACAUGUAGGAAUAAUUAUUGGACAAAUACACAGAAAUACAAGUAA